AUGUCAUGGGUCGCCUCCUUUUUCGCCGCCGAAGCAAGCCGCCUACAUGAUAAUACACCUGGAGCUGAUCCUCUGCCACCAAAUACACUUUCAGACUUGACUGAGUUUUGCAACAAACUCCUUAAGCUGAUAUCACUGCCGACACCUUCUCGACCUGUAGUGACCGCUGUCCACCAAGAAAAAGCCCAGUUCCAGAUCCUUCAAUACAUGGCCAAUAGGUCGCCUGCAGUAGCAGUAACGCGACUCGGCUUCCUAUCCGUAGCGCUCAAUCAGCUGGCUCAUGCCAAGACACCACAAGAAAGAGAAUGGGCUGAGCUUAAAGGGUCUGCCUGGCCUCCGUGGAAGGAGAAUCGUACAGCAAUGGAUGAGGACAAAGGCUACGAGUUCGGUGCUUCCCGAGCUUCCCAGCUUCUGCACCGUAUGCACGAAGCUGGAUACAGCGGCGGGUUGUGGGAAGACAUAGUGCAAGUCUAUGCUGGUUGGGACAAAGACUCCAGUCCAACGAUACAAACUCGGACGGUUUUACCUCUUUCCUCCUUUCAAUACCGCAAGGCUAAUGGACUUCGUGCUCUACUCUGGGCUGGCCGCAUACGAGCGACACGCACGCGCAGGGAAGCCUGGGCAUGCUUCCUCUCACAAGAGCUAUCUGGAGGACGUGCUCAUUCCGCAAUAUAUCUCGCAAUGUUCGAAAAGUUGCAUUACGGUACAGCAGAAAGAUUGACACACCCAGAGUUCUCAUCUGACGCAGGUGGCACUCCAGAAGAAGGCCCCACCUACUUGUUACCCGGAGAUAUGAAAGAAGUCUUGCCAGACCCGCUCUCCACGUUACACCACGUUUACAUCAGUGAGCCCGUUCCCGGGUAUAGAGAGCUAUUUCAACGGAUGCAGACCACUCAGCUCAAGCCUGAUAAUCAUCUCCUCGUCUUCCUAAUAGAGACGUGUCCCGACUUCGAUAUGGGCCUAGAAUUACUGGCCAUGGCUAAGGAUAGGGGCAAUGGCAUAAUAGGCCGAAUUCUUGAUGGAACUCACGAUCAAGAUCUGCCAUACCAGCCAAUCUUAGGUUAUUUUAUCAAGGCGAUUAUCGUAUUCUUAUGUCGUUAUGGACGUGUCGAACAGUCACUGCCCAAGGAAGUCCAUUUUCUACGGCCGGAACAGCAUGCCAAUCAGCUCAGGUCGAACCGCAACUACCUGGUCGAAUACGCGUACAUGGUUCUUAGACAUUAUCGGCCGCUUUACCGACCAGCUUGGGCUGCUAUGAUAGAGAAGCUAGCAUGGCACAUCAACCAAAAUGGGGAAAUUGGAAUUACUCAGUAUAAACGUAUUUGCGACAUCCUUGAGCAGAUGGAGCAGCUGCAUCUCAAUGUCGACGACGAAAUCUUUCUCCAAUUCUGUGUUGCGACUCGGUACACUGCUCAGACCGCCCAACAAGGCUUCGCGUCCAUUGAGGAUACGCGACAUGUCCUUUCCACCAGUUCCCAUCGCCUCCGAACGCUCUUUAAUAGCUUGGUCGGUAUUAAUGCCGACGUGCAGUCACCUUCAAGUCACCAGACUGGUAGUAACGUCGUUCCGCUACAUAUUCCAGGACCUGCAGAACUACAUGCUUACGUACGAGCACUAACUGCUCUCCGGGAUUAUGAAGGUCUCUAUUCCUUCACCACCUGGCUCACCAAACACCAUGUCGAAGUGACGGCGCGCGCAAAAGCUCAGCACUCAGGCAGAGACAUUCUCUUCAAGAUACUUGUGGCAUUGCGAUUAGCUAUCGAUGGUGGGGCUCUUGAGCCAGAAGCUGCCUACCUAUCUGGCGCACCAGAAGACAUAGCACUUCUCAUCAAGACACAAAUCGAGAGUGUUGAACAGUGGGGUGGUUGGCCUGAACGAGAAUACGUUGAUAUGUAUAUCAAUGGGCAUUUAAAAUCGGAACCACCUCUCGUUGGAGGACGCUAG